GAAAGGAAACCGAACACCAAAAGAUAAGGAAAGGAAAGCCCUUUAACCCCCCAUUAGAAGGAACAUAGGACAUAGGCCUGGAUAGAGCCCCAAAACCUGAUGGCAACAACAACCAUAGAAGCAGCAGCAGCAGCGCCGUCCGCCCAGCCGCAGCAGCAGCAGCAGCAGCCGCCCGCUGUACACCUGUCCGCCGCUGCAGACCAUCUGUCCGCCAACAGAAGCAGCAGCUGCAGCAACAACAACAACAACAACCUCAGCGGCAGCAGCCGCAGCAGCAGUCGCAGCAGCAGCAACAGCAGCAGCAACAACAACAAUUCGAACCAGAACCAAAAACAAAAACAAAACCAGAAAUCGAUCCCCAUCAAGAUACCCCUGUGCGAGCGAUUCUCAUCGCAGACCUCGACAGGAUCGGCGGACAGCGGUGUGAUCGUCUCGAGUGCCUCGCAGCAGACGCUGCUGCAGCAGUUGCCGCCGGUGCGCAGCAGCAGCGGCUCCCUGAGCCUCCACGGAGCGCAACCCAAGUGGCAGAAGCGUCGCCAGUUGCUCAGUCAGGACAGUGGCAUCGAGCAUGUUGGCGGGGGCAGCACUGGAGCAGGCGGAGGAGGAGCUGGGACGGGGGCGCGGCCACGGCCAGGACAAGGAGCGCCUGCCGUGUCGGCGGAAGCUGGUGGCGAGGGCACCGGCGGACAGUCGACAAGCAGCAGUGAAUCGCUGGGCAGCGCCGGCGGCGGAUCCGAACCGGCGGGUGGACGCAUGCGCGCAGCCUCCGCCCUGGAGCUGAGCAGCGUGGGCGGUGGAGGAGGAGGCAAUGCCCUGCGCCGGAUCAAGUACAAGAGCACCAAUAGCACCGGCACCCAGGGAUUCGAUGUGGAGGAUCGCAUCGAUGAGGUGGAUAUCUGUGAUGACGAUGACGAUGAUGAUGAUGAUGAUCUCCACUUAGUGGAGCACGAGGAUGAGGAGGAGGAGGACGAUGGUGUGGCUGUGGAUGAUGAUCCCGAGGAGGCAGACACCCAGUCGGACACACAGUCUGGCAUAGUAAUCAACAUGGGCGGCAAAGGCAGUGGCACAGGCAGUGGCAGGAACAGCAGCGAAAAGGAUCAGCCAUCGGAUCAGCCACUGCCACUCGACAAGGCACCCCUGACGGUGGCCGCAGCGGCAGCCAAGAGGCGUGACAUCAAGAGUCUUGCCACCGAUGGCCACAUCUACUUUCCGCUGCUGAAGAUCAGCGAGGAUCCGCACAUUGAUGCGCGUCUGAUCAACCGCAAGGACGGACUGCAGGACACCAUGUACUAUCUGGAUGAGUUCGGCAGCCCCAAGCUGCGCGAGAAGUUCGCACGGAAGCAGAAGCAGCUGCUGGCCAAGCAGCAGAAGGCACUCCUUAAGCGGGAGCGCGAGGAGCAGCGCAAGAAGCGCAACACCACGGUGGCCUCCAAUCUGGGCGCCAGCGGGGUGGACACCACCAAAGAACACUGUGAUACACUAGCCAUGUCCCCCCAUGGCACAGCGCGCGGAACAACGAUCCACAAGCGCAGCUCCGACCCCAAUCAGCAUUCGCAUCUCGAUGAGGAUGAGGAUGAGGAUGUGCAGUUCGGUGUGGUCGCCGACGAUGACGAGGACCAGCUGCACAUGGAUGCGGUGAAGCUGCGCGGUCGCAGCCACAGCCAAGGCAACAACCACUACGAUGCUACCAGCAACAACAACACCCGCCACCCACACAAAGCCCCCACACACCGUCACACCCAUGCCAAUGGGGAGCAGCAUGGGCAGGAUAUGGAGGAGGACAUCGAGCAGGGGGCCGAGCCCGCUUUCGAUGGCGAUAGCCUCGAUGACAACGUUAAGACUGCCACAAAGCUAUCCAGAACGCAGUCGUGCGUUAGCUGGACCAAAGUGGUGCAAAAGUUUAAGAAUAUUUUAGGUCGCGAUGGUUCCAAAAUUACAACAGUUGUUGCAACACCCGGCCAGGGCACCGAUCGCGUUCAAGAGGUCUCCUACACAGACACAAAGGUCAUCGGCAAUGGCAGCUUCGGCGUGGUAUUCCAGGCCAAGCUCUGCGACACCGGCGAACUGGUGGCAAUCAAAAAAGUUUUACAAGACAGACGAUUUAAGAAUCGCGAAUUGCAAAUAAUGCGCAAGCUGGAGCAUUGUAAUAUCGUGAAGCUUUUGUACUUUUUCUAUUCGAGCGGUGAAAAGCGUGAUGAAGUAUUUUUGAAUUUAGUCCUCGAAUAUAUACCAGAAACCGUAUACAAAGUGGCUCGCCAAUAUGCCAAAACCAAGCAAACGAUACCAAUCAACUUUAUUCGGCUCUACAUGUAUCAACUGUUUAGAAGUUUGGCCUACAUCCAUUCGCUGGGCAUUUGCCAUCGUGAUAUCAAGCCACAGAAUCUACUGCUCGAUCCCGAAACGGCCGUGCUGAAGCUGUGUGACUUUGGCAGCGCCAAGCAGCUGCUGCACGGUGAGCCGAAUGUCUCGUACAUCUGCUCCCGGUAUUAUCGCGCACCCGAGCUAAUAUUCGGCGCCAUUAAUUAUACAACAAAGAUCGAUGUGUGGAGUGCCGGCUGCGUUCUGGCUGAACUGCUGCUGGGCCAGCCAAUCUUCCCUGGCGACUCUGGUGUCGAUCAGCUGGUCGAGGUCAUCAAGGUCCUGGGCACACCGACAAGAGAACAAAUACGCGAAAUGAAUCCAAACUAUACGGAAUUCAAGUUCCCACAAAUUAAGAGUCAUCCAUGGCAGAAAGUUUUCCGUAUACGCACUCCGACAGAAGCUAUCAACUUGGUGUCCCUGCUGCUCGAGUACACGCCCAGCGCUCGGAUCACACCGCUCAAGGCCUGUGCACAUCCGUUCUUCGAUGAGCUGCGCAUGGAGGGGAACCACACCUUGCCCAAUGGCCGCGACAUGCCGCCACUAUUUAACUUCACAGAUCACGAGCUCUCGAUACAGCCCAGCUUAGUGCCGCAGUUGUUGCCAAAGCAUCUGGCAAAUCGCUCCUCGGCCGGUGGGCAGGCAGCUGCCGGUGCCGUAAGUGGCUCCACCAGCGUCUCCUCAACGGGCAGCGGCGCCUCUGCGGACGGUGCCGCCCAGGCUCAGGCAGGCGGGACAGCAGGAUCAUCAGCAGCCGGUUCCGGAUCGGGAUCGGGAGCACCAGGGGCCGCCGCUGCAGCCGCCGGUGGAUCGGCGACCGGCUCGAAUGCCGGUGGUCAAGGAAACAAUAGCAAUCCCGGCUCCGGUGCGCCGUCCGCCGUGGCAGCUGCCCCGGCUGCCCAACAGGCAAACUCUGGCGGCGCUGCAGCCGGCGGUGGCGGAGGUGGUGCGGCGGGUGCUGCCACUGCAGCCGGCUCCGUAGCUGCGACCAAUGCUGGUGGCGCCAACGUGACAGGCUCACAGUCUAACAGCGCUCUGAACAGCAGCGGCGGCACGGCCAAUGGCAACGGCAGCGGAAAUGGCGAAACUGCAGCAGCAUCAGCAGCAGCAGCAACCAGAAGCAGCACCACAGAGACGACGACAACAGUCGCUACCUUCGACAUCCUUUGGCUGUGGCGGCAGCAGCAGAAAAUCCCCACACAGACCACCACCUCCUGCCCAAGCGGAGACCCAAGCGUUGUCCGUGCCUGAACCGGAGCCCGUGGCAAGCAACAGCAUCGGCGUCGUCACAGCUGAGGCAGAAACACAAGCAGCAGCAACAGCAGCGACAGCGGUAGGAUUGCAGCAGCAGCUGUCUACCUGGAGCCUAGGCAGUCUUAGCGGCGGUCGCCUCAAUUGGAGCUUUUCGGCAGCUCGCAAUUCCUUUCGGCAUCGCAACAAGGCCACACGCAAGAG